AUGGACCGUCGCGAAAGCCUACCCGGGUUCUUCAGGAUCCCCCGCGAGAUCAGAGACCAGAUCUAUGAAGAGCUACUGGUCCAUGCGGGGUGUAUUUUUCUCGAUGUAAUUUGGUCGCGACCUGCAUCUCUGGGCUUCACAUUCAACAACCGGCUCCUCCCAAUCUCCCCGGAAAUUCUGCGCCUCAAUCGAAGGGCACACGAAGAAGCGACACAUAUUCUGUACGGCAAAAAUAUAUUCCAGGUCGAGAACGUCAAAAACUUCACCCGCUUUCUGGGUGAUAUCGGUCCGGCGAAUUCAGCGUUGCUUCGGCAUCUGAUAAUCCCCUUUCCCUACUUCCAAGAAGAUGACGGUGUCGUCGCAGUACGGGCCGAUUCCAUUGGCAUGCAGGCAAUCGACCUAAUACAAUCAAAAUGCCCCAAUAUCGUUGUCCUCGAGACGUGUCUGUUCAGCAGCAACCUGGUGGAGUCGAAACUGGACGCCUUCGGUCAUCCUGAAGCUGCCAACCAGGCACUGGACCUGUUGAUGGACAAAUUCUGUGCGGUCCCUUCUUUUCGCCACCUACGAGUCAACCUCUUUGACAAACCAGUCAGCGUCGUAUUUCGCGAUAUUUUAAACAAUUACAGGCGUGUCCUCGUCGUUACGAAUAUGCGUUCAUCGGAUUAG